UCUCAUUUCUCCUCUUUAGCUUUCACUCUUUAGACUUCUGCUCCUCUCAAGUCUUAGUGUCUCACACUCUUGCCUCUCAGACUUAGAAGUCAGAACUCAGUCAUCAACUACCUUCAUUUCUCUUCCAAACCCUAAUCCCACCAAACAAAAAUUAGUUUUUCCUUCUCAAUCUCAAAAUCCCAGGCUCUCACCUAAUCAUUUUUCUCUUCUCUUUUGCUCUCAACCAAACAGCCACAUAAUGUUUCUUCCAAAGCUUAAUCCCACCGAACAAUUAGUAGUGUUUCCCCUCUUUAUCUCAGAUUUUCAGGCUCCCAUGAUAUAACUGAACGAACCACACUGAGUCGCUAAAAUUAACCGCACCUUGUGUAAACCAGGUUUUAUCUUCCAAAAGUCAGGUGCGGUUUAGCAUAGGGUAAAACUGCACCCUAUAGGUGUGGUGCAUAAAACCUCUCCAAAACUAACUGAACCAAACUGUGUACACUCCUAUCUAUUCGACUUCAGUUGAACCAUAAAACCGAAAACCUUUCAAUUUUUUGGUUCUUUGACCCAUCCAAUUUUUAAAACCAUGAAAUUGUGCACUUCAUGUCAAUAUUUUUAUCAGAACCUGUGUUAGCUAGCAGAAAUGGAGAAGGUAACGAAUAAUGCCUACAAAGCUCAUUGUUUGGUGUUAUCCUAUCCAACCCAAGGCCACCUUAAUCCUAUGCUCGAGUUCUCCAGGCGUUUGGAGCACAAAGGAGUCAAAGUUACUCUAGUUACCACACGCUCCAUGUCCAAAACUAUUCACAAAGAAGCCAGCUCCAUUGCCCUAGAGACCAUCUCUGAUGGCUUUGAUGAAGGUGGGAUUGCUCAUGCAGAGAGCAUCCAGGCCUAUUUGGAGCGAUUUUGGCAAGUGGGGUCACAAACUCUAGCUGAACUCCUUGAGAAGCUUUCUAGUUCAGGCAACCCUGUUGAUUGUAUGGUUUAUGAUGCUUUCUUACCUUGGGCUCUUGACGUAGCCAAAAAGUUUGGCUUAGUUGGUGCUGUGUUUUUCACUCAAUCUUGUGCUGUUCAUAAUAUAUACUACCAUGUCAAUAAAGGGUUGCUGAAACUCCCUCUUUCAGAGGCAGAAAUUUUGCUUCCUGGGUUGCCACCAGUUCAACCCCAAGACAUGCCAUCUUUUAUUUAUGAUUUAAUCACCUAUCCAGCUGUCACUGAUAUGCUUGUGAGUCAAUUUUCCAAUGUUGAUAAAGCUGACUGGGUCCUUUGCAACACUUUAUAUGAGCUGGAGCCAGAGGUAGUGGAUUGGAUGACAGAGAUAUGGCCAUUGAGAACUAUAGGACCAACCAUACCAUCUAUGUUCUUAGACAAGCGGAUUAAAGAUGACAAAGACUAUGGUUUCUGCAUCUUCAAACCAAACAGCGAUGCUUGCAUGAAAUGGCUAAAUAAUCAUCCAAAAGGGUCGGUUAUAUAUGUCUCUUUCGGGAGUUUGGCCACUCUUAAUGCUGAGCAAAUGGAAGAACUAGCUUGGGGUUUGAGAAUGAGCAACAGCUACUUCUUGUGGGUGGUAAGAGCAUCUGAAAAGGCAAAGCUCCCCAAAAACUUUGUGGAAGAGACUUCAGAGAAAGGGCUUGUGGUUCAUUGGUGUCCCCAGCUCGAGGUAUUAACACAUGAGGCAGUGGGAUGCUUUGUGACACAUUGUGGAUGGAACUCUACUUUGGAAGCUCUUAGCUUGGGUGUUCCAAUGGUUGCAGUGCCACAAUGGACAGAUCAACCAACAAAUGCAAAGUAUAUUAUCGAUGUUUGGAAGAUAGGACUUAAAGCUACAGCUGAUGAGAAAGGGUUAGUCAAGAGAGAAGCAAUAGAAAAUUGCAUAAGGGAAAUAAUGGAAGGGAAGAGAGGGAAAGAGAUUGUGAAAAAUGCAUACAAAUGGAAGACAUUGGCCAAAGAAGCUGUUGACCAAGGUGGAAGUUCUGAUAAAAACAUUCAAGAGUUUGUAACUAAGUUGGUUCACUCCUAAAAAGACCUAGCUAACUUAGUAGCUAAGAGCUUUAGGUGCAUUAAUUAGUUGCAAUAGUUUCUUCAUGAAUUGGUGCACUCUAAGUGGUAGUGCAAUAAGGGUUACAAACGGUGUGUUACAGACUUUUUCCAUGUAGGCUGUGUUUGGUUCGAUGUAAAUCAAAUUCCGAGUGUAAAAUGAAUGCAGGGAAAAUGAAUAAGAAAAUUGAAAUCCGGGCGUUCGGGUGUGCAAUGUAAAAUAGUUCGAAAAACGAUUUCCAAUGUUUGGUAAUAUUCUAAAAAUGCUAUUUUCCUAUAAAAUUUUCACAUUUUCUCAACCAUAUUCUCAACUUCCAAACAAAUUUUAUAUCAGAAAAUC